UUUGGACAUUCCUGGACUUUCUGAAAUCUGCAAGAGUUGUUGCUUUACAGUUCGAUCCCGCUCUCGCGGUUCACAGAGAGGACAAACCGUUCAGCACGGGCAGAGUGUAACGACAACGCCAUUGAUGUUCGCGUCGUCUGUCAGAGAGGGACGCACCUGUUCCGCUGACAUCCUGUGUUGAACUUUACAGCUGAGCAAUCUUGCAGUGAAACACAAAAACAGAAAGAUAUUAACAUCAGCUGGUCCCGGGCUCGGGGCUGUCUCAGCGCUGUCUCUGCGCUGCGCCGCGGCCGAAGGCUCCACUCAGGGUGGAUAAGUUCCAAUGGUGCCUUGCUUUGAUGCUGUUCUUGCAGAGGCCUUGCUCUUCCUGCUGCACUCAGCAUCAGCACAUUAGACCCGUCAGACGAUGAUCUGUGCUGAACCCGAUGACCUCCAGUGAUCUUUGAACACGACUCCUCACACACCUCUUAGCCGAUGGGGUGAUUUCAAACUUCCUGCCAAAAGAAAGCCGGCAUAAGGGCUUCGUUGUAGCAAAGAAUUGAUUCCCAGAUGUACUGAUCGGGUCGUGUUUUAUUAUAAUUGGAAACAUAAAAAAAAAAAAAAAAAGAAACUAAAAUAUAGACAACAAGUAAGACAGAAGCUGGACGAUCCAAGCGCUUAUUCAAGUGUUGUGUCAAGUUCGUGAAGACGAAGCGGCAUGGCGCGGAUGAACAGACCGGCACCGGUGGAGGUGUGCUACAAGAACAUGAGGUUCCUCAUCACGCACAAUCCCACCAACUCCACCCUCAACAGCUUCAAAGAGGACUUAAAGAAGUAUGGUGCUACAACAGUGGUUCGUGUCUGUGAGGUGACCUACGACAAGACCCCCCUGGAGAAGGACGGCAUCACCGUGGUGGACUGGCCAUUCGAUGAUGGAGCUCCUCCUCCCUCCAAGGUGGUCGAGGACUGGCUGAGCCUCCUUAGGAGACGCUUCAUGGAGGAACCUGGCUGCUGCGUGGCGGUGCACUGUGUCGCAGGACUCGGCAGGGCUCCGGUUCUGGUGGCUUUGGCUCUCAUUGAGUGUGGGAUGAAGUAUGAAGACGCGAUCCAGUUCAUCAGACAGAAGCGGCGUGGCGCCAUCAACAGCAAACAGCUGACCUAUCUGGAGAAGUACAGACCCAAACAGAGACUGCGCUACAAACACUCGCACAUCUUCAAAAACAAGUGCUGCAUCAUGUGACCUGAACCGAACCCCAUUUCAAAACCGAACUUCUCAGACCCGGGGUGUUAGCCGCUGAACUGCCGCUUAAACCGAACGCCGCCCCACCACCACCUGUCUGGUCUGAUCGAAUCUCUGUUGGUGCCUAAACCUCAUCGCGAUCCAACACUGCCACGCCUCUCUCCGAGAGGUCAAAGUAAGUUCACCACGGGGUCUGGUGCAAGGUGCGCCGAAGGAGGAGGAGGUGACCUUUGACUGAUUGAUUGACCAGCCGAUAUGACGCCAAGGGGGAAUGAAUCAUGGGAUACUUUUUUUUUUUUUUUGUCUUCUCACUUUUUUCAUCAUCUGUGAAGUCUCAGGUUCUUUCAUUUAUUUAGCCAUACCGUGUGUCUGCUCAAGUUGACCCGGAUACCGCCGCGUGCGAUUUUGAUGUUGGCGAGUAAGCUCGGCGUAGAAGUGGACUGGGAGGGUGUACAGCGGGCUUCUUUGCGUUAUCACGACAGCUUUGCAGCUUCUGUGAGAAAGAUGAGGAACAAAUAAAGGCUUUUAUGAACUCUGCGUUAGAAGCGCGUGUGUGUGAGAGAGAUCUUUUUAUUAUUAUUAUUAUUAUUAUUAUUUUGAUCAUUUUCUUUUUGUUCAUUCUAAAUCUUCAUCAUUAUUUCCCCCCCAAUAAAUCAAACCCAAUUGAAUGGGAAGUAGUACGAUCAUUCAUCUGGAUAAAGAUUUGCACGUUGCCAUGCCAACAUACAUACUGAUUUCGAUGCUGUUAUGUUGUACUAAAUAUCGUCACUUGUUAAUCGAAUUGGUGCACCAGAUCUUAUUGUUGUGAGGGACAUCUUAAAAGCUUAUAUGUAUGGGUCUGAGGGGAGCGCUCCACCCUAGCGAUGAUGCCAUAAUGAAUCAUGGGACUUUUUCAUUCGUUCUUGUUGGCAAGUCACCAAUUGGUGUGUCCCCAGAUUUGGGGGAGGAUCAAGAACACUUCCCCCUUCAGUUAUUUAUUUAUUUUUUUAUUGUUCUUGGUAUGUGUUCUUAAUUAUUGGACUGUAACUUGGGUGUUAAAAGAUGACCUCAGCCAUGGAUACAAGACGAAGCACGCAUAUUGAGAAACACUCUUUGUUUUUCAAGUUUUCUUAUCUGACUGUCAGUUCCUGCAGCAUUUUUAUUGGUGCUGGUGCACAUCUCAACUUCGUGUGACACAUGGACCCAAGCGUGUAUAUUCUCCUUCAAGUGCCGAGAUUAAUCAUUUCAGAUGUGUUUCAAUGUAAAAGAUCUUUAAGACGUUUCUAAAUCUAAGGUCUUCACACGACUCAUGAACUGCUUCAAGUCGCCUUUCUCUCUCUCUCUCUCUCUCUCUCUUUUUGCUUUCGAACACAUACCUCCUGCUGUACAGAGAUGCUUAUGAUAAUAAUAAAGAAUGAUUAUGAAUCA